AUGCAAACAUGCUGCAAUGUCCACUGCAGAAGAGCUGUGCUUGAUGGGAACUCCUCCAGUCUGCAGCGGCUGCAACUAGAAAAGAGAGAAAGAGAAUAUGCUCAGCAGGAGUCCACAAAGCCACUCCAGGCUUGUCGUCACAGCAGGGCCUCCAUCAGCCCACAGUCUGAGUCCCACGCCAGGCCUCGAUCUGUUCUUUCAGCAGGUAGGCCUGUCAGUGGAUACAAGGACUUUCAAAACAGAGUCAGCCAAACACAAAGCACUUCCACCAGCAGCUUGGAUAAGAAGACUUUUGACACCAAACGUUCAGUACUCAGCCAGAGUGAGAAGGCAGCCCGAGACAGGGUGAGAAAGCGAGGUCCUCACCACCCAGUGACCCAAGACCUAAUUCUGCUAAGGACCAGCAGCGCCCAGCAGGGCCGGUACAGUGACCUGGCAAGGUCCAACAUGGAGCUGAAUGCCAGAGUACGAGAUGCCUGGGGACCUGAUUCCUCCAAAGAGCCAUCAUUUCAAACCACCACCAAAAAAACCUCCGAAAUCCAUACCCCAUUCACUACCUAUAGCGUUGACCUCAGCCCUCAGAGCUCCUCACAGUCCAGACAGACCUGCUUCACACCCCUCUCCCUUCCAAAACAAUCCCAGAGAUCAUUCAAAGUAGUUAGGCCUAGAACAAACAAGACUGGUCCACUGAAUACGUCUUCACCUGAAGAUGGCAAGACACCACAACGAUUGUUUAUGAGGCGAACCUCCAUGCCCACACAUUGCAAUGAAGAUUUUGAAAUGACCAACAAGUCCAGUUCAUAUCACGUCCCACUAAACCCCUUCAGGGAGCAUGGAGACUUUCAGCUGAGGACGGACACUCAACUGGAGGCUUACAUUCAGGAGUGUACCAGACAGCAGCAGAUUCACAAACAUGGCAGUGGUGAUGACCAAGAUAAAACUAUUUGGAAGCGCAGUCAUUGUCAGCAGUAAGGUACUCAAAUCUAAAGGCAUGACACUUUUGUCAUAGCUAACCAGCCAUAACUUUGAAAUUUUGAACUCUAUAGAGGUAACGUAUAUAACAAUGUAAUACAAUAUUUAAAAUGUUAUGUUGCAUUUGGUAACUUUGGUUGCAUUUGGUUGAAAAUGUAGUUUAAGAGGGUAACUUGGUUUAGAACAUACAGUGGCGACUGGUCCAAGCUGAUCAUUAACUUGACCAUUUGGGACCAGCAACAAACCAUCUACCAGGUGGUUAAGCUGGUUUUUGAAACAUGGUGGUUGUUCUACUAAUAACCAGGUAGAAACUAUGUUCCAAAAUACAGCUAAGUUGAUAGAUGUAGCAUUAUAUCUAUGCAAUUUGAGCUUAUUAGUGCCACGUCUUUCUUUUGUGGCUUUUUUGUAUGCUUGCACAUGUUUGCUAGGGGGCAGCAAAGUACAAGUUAAAAUGUCCCAUGUAGUUCAAAUGUCCCAUGUAAAUAUUAAU